AUGCUACAAGAGAAUCCUAAUGAAGCUAUCAUGCCGGACUAUACUGCAGAAGAACACAGCACACUCUCUGAACUCUCUUUGGAAGCCAUAUAUCUUCAAAAAGAAGAAGACGAAGAGCAACACCUACAACUCCAGCAGGAAGAAGAGGAGGCCACCAAGCUAGAAGAGUGGAAGAAGAACAAGAACAAGUAUGCACUUAUUUGGCAUGGAAAAGUUCCCUCUGACCUUAGUGUCAUCCCAGCAGCAUAUGCCAUCUAA